GAGCGCUUGGAUAUUCAUGAAACCUUUAACAACCGGCCUAUGGCUGACCAUUGGGGCAUCUUUCGUCUUCAUUGGAUGUGUUGUGUGGGUUCUUGAGCAUCGUGUAAAUGAACAUUUCCAAGGCCCACCUGGGAAGCAAGUCGGGAUGAUCUUCUGGUUCUCCUUCUCAACACUUGUUUAUGCACAUAGGGAGAAAGUGAAGAGCAACCUAACUAGAUUUGUGGUGAUUGUAUGGGUGUUCGUGGUGCUUGUUUUGUCGUCGAGUUACACCGCAAACUUGGCAUCCAUGCUAACGAUACAGCAGCUCAAGUCGACCGAUAUGAUCAAGAAAAGCGAUUACGUUGGCUUCCAUACUGGCUUCUUGACCCGCGGAUUCUCCAACGGUAUAAUACUAGGCGACUACAACUCCAGAAAGUAUACCUCGUUUGAGGAAUACGACGAGGCCUUGUCCAAAGGUAGCAAACAUGGAGGCGUAGCCGCCAUUGUUGAUGAAAUCGCGUAUCUCAGGCUCUUCCUCAGCAAGUACUGCCACAAGUACACCAUGAUUGAUCCGAAACACCUCAGGACUUCUGGUUUUGCAUUUGUGUUUAGAAAGGGUUCGCCACUAGUCCCCGAUUUUUCAACAGUUAUAUUGAAUCUCAAGGAGAAUGGGAAGAUCGAUACAAUCACAAGAAGAUGGCUUGGGCCAGAAGGCUGCUCGGGUGAUGGCUUGGAAAGCCUUGAUUUGGAUCGUUUUACGGGCUUAUUUCUCAUUGUAGGGCUAGCAUCAUCAACAGCUUUAGCAAUAUUCUUCUCCAUAUUUCUCUAUCGGAAUCAGCAUAUAUUAGCCUCCCCGGGUUCGAUCAAGGAAAAGCUUCGCGAUCUUGCUAGAGAAUUUAUGGUUAAGGAAAAAGAUGAUACAUCAAAGCAUUCACAAACUAGUGGAGAAAUGGCUUUAGCAUAAGGUCCAUCAAUGCACAAGGAAGAUUCAUAGGUAUUUGUUGAGUUUGUUUAUGUUUCAACUCUGCAGUUGCUGGAUUCAUCAAGAUUAUGUUAAAAUGCAACGGCUGCAGAUAUAGCACCCAAUUUAAUAGUAGUAGAAAUGGA